CACAAACUAAACGUGCACACGUCCACACCACAGGAAGGAAUCCGGAGGGCCAAAACAAUGGUGUCCUCACGUACGCCUGCCCUGAUGACGCAAAGCCAGGGUAGAUGCUUGGGAGCAGCAAUGGCGCCUCGACCAGUUACAAACUCGUCGACCCCGCACAGCAAUCUUAGCUGCUAGAGCGUUCCAAUAAGCAGCGCAUCUGGCUGGCUGGCCAGGGGUAGGCACUAGCUAGCGAGAUCAUGCCGGGCCUCCCGGUGGCCUCCGUCCUCCUCCUCGCCCUCCAUGGCCUCCUCUGCCUGCAGCUGCUGACCGCCCGCGCCGAGAUCGACGGCGACGAGGGCGCCGCCAUCGAGGAGGGCACCUCCGCCCACUUCGAGGUCACCCCGCCGGUGGUGCCCGCCGGCGGGGAGAAGCGGCGCGAGCACUUCCGCGCCCUGGAAGCCAAGGACCUGUUCCGGCACGCGAGCAGGCGGCAGCUGGCGUCGACGACCAAGAUCCCGGAGGUGCUGUCGGACUCCACCAUGUUCAUGGAGCUGCCGAUGCGGAGCGCCCUCAACAUCGCGCACGUGGGCAUGUACCUGGUGUCGGUGCGGUUCGGCACGCCGGCGCUGCCCUUCAACCUGGCGCUGGACACCGCCAACGACCUGACAUGGAUCAGCUGCCGGCUGCGGCGGCACAAGGGGAAGCACUACGGGCGGUCGUCGGCGCCGGCGGCGGCCCAGACGAUGUCGGUGGGCGAGGACGGCACGCCGGUGAAGAAGGAGAACAAGAACUGGUACCGGCCGGCGCUGUCGUCGUCGUGGCGCAGGAUCCGGUGCUCGCAGGCGGAGUGCGGGGUGCUGCCCUACAACACGUGCCCGGACGCCAGCAAUAGCAUCUCGUGCAGCUACCACCAAAAGACGCAGGACGGCACGGUGACCAUCGGCAUCUACGGGAUGGAGAAGGCGACGGUGGCGCUGUCGGACGGGAAGAUGGCCAAGCUGCCGGGCCUCGUCCUGGGCUGCUCCAUGAAGGAGGCCGGCGCCAGCGUGGACGCCCACGACGGCGUGCUGGGCCUCGGCAACGGCGAGAUCUCGUUCGGCGUCAUCACCGCCAGCCGCUUCGCCCACCGCUUCUCCUUCUGCCUCCUGAGCACCAACAGCGGGCGCAACGCCAGCAGCUACCUCACGUUCGGGCCCAACCCCGCCGUCAUGGCCCCGGGCACCAUGGAGACCAACAUCGUGUACAACGCCGACAUCCCGCAGGCCUUCGGCUUCCACGUCAACGCCGUCACCGUCGGCGGCGAGCCCCUGGACAUCCCGCCCGAGGUGUGGGACGACAGGAUCAAGUACGCCGGCGUCAUCCUGGACACCGGCACGUCGUUGACGGGCCUGGUGCCGGCGGCGUACGACGCCGUGACGCGCGCCCUGGACAGGCACCUGGCGCACCUGCCGCGGGUGGAGAUCGCCGGCUUCGAGUUCUGCUACAGGUGGACCUUCGCCGGCGAUGGGGUGGACCCGGCCAACAACGUCACCAUACCGACCCUCGCAUUCGAGCUGGAGGGCGGCGCGGUGCUGGAGGCGGAGGCCAAGAGCGUGGUGAUGCCGGAGGUGCAGCGCGGGGUGGCGUGCCUCGCGUUCCGGAAGUUGGUGGAGGGCGGGCCCAGCGUCAUCGGCAACGUCAUCAUGCAGGAGCACAUCUGGGAGUUCGAGCACAGUGUGGGGAUCAUGAGGUUCAGGAAGGACAAGUGCGCCAACCACCAUCUCAAAGGCACCUCCGCAGCCAACGUCCACCACGCCAUGACCACCAACACCCCUAGAUUCAUCAACUGAUUACUGGUCCAUCCAUCCAUUUUUUUUUACAUAUAUGCGUGCGUGCAUCUCCCUGCAUGCAGCAUUGUUGAUUCAUUUUGCUCUACGGAUUGAUUUGUUUGUUUGCUUGUUUUUUUUUGUUUAUUUUUAAACGGCCAAAUUAACUAAACACCAUUGUAUUACUACUG